AUGCCUCUGCCUUUUCCUGCUUUCGGUCUCCUUUUGCUUAGUCUGCUCUUUUGCAGUGUCGUGGCCUUCACCGGGCCACCAAAGUCGAUCCCAGUAGCGACCAAGGCCGACCCAGGCUUGAUCGAAUAUUAUAAUGGUUUCAACCCCAAGGCCGCCUUGCGCAUGCGUAAAGAGACGAUCGGUAUUAACCUUGACGCCGGCGCCCUUGCCGCCAGAUGGGAGAAGCAGAACCCGCAGGCCAUCUUUUACAUGUACCACUUCGACAGCACUGACGAGACCGCCUAUGCCGAGAUGGUCAGCUACGUCAACCACAUUGACAGGUGGACUGAGAUUGACCACGACUUCCAGCAGUUCACAUUACAUGUCCACAUACCUUGGACCAGCAUCAAGGCGCAUACAAAGUUUGUCCCCGGGCAACAGCCCGAAACUACCGUGAACCCGGCCUGGGUUCCAAAAGGAGGCGAAUAG